AUGAGCCUGGGUACCUUGGGCUGCCAUGUUGCUCAGCUUAUCUUAUUGAAUCAAGUAUCAGGUACUGGAGCAUGGUGGCCAGAUUUUGUUCCAUAUAUUCUGUAUUAUGUGGGCCCCAUUGUGUCCAUUCUGUCUGCCACAAUCCUACUAGUAGUCGGCUGUGUGUUCUCAAAAUCGUUAUGGAGUGAUCGUAUUACCAGCUGUAUCAAUUUGUUGUUAUUUAUAGCCAUCAUUGUAUACAAUUCACUUACAUCUGGCACUAUUCCUUGGACAGGAUCAGUCAGUAACUCAAACACCUCUACAAUGAAGGGCUAUGUGACAUACUGCUCCAAUUACAGUGAUAGUCUCAUGUCAAACAGAUGCUGGUUGACCAAUGGUACCUGGCUUGGUAUGGUGGUUGUAGGAUUUCUCUGGUUGCUGUUGGGUCUGUACGCACUCAUUUUGAAGAAUUCAGACGUCUAUGCAGAGGAUUACGACACUUACGACUUUAAAGACGACGUACCAAUGGCUAAAAUGGCCACAGACUCUACUGCUGUUGGCAGAUCAAGUGGUAUUCCCGAACCACCAAAGCAUACGCCCAUGAUGAGUCCCUACAUGCUACCCCAUCGUGAUUUCGCUAAUCAGAGCCAGGAGACUUACUACUACUCUACGCAAGGAACGCCAGCCUAUGAUUACACCAACAGCGACAUCUACAUGAAUUCCAUGCCAGUAGAAGAUCAUCAUCUCUAUAAAGCGACUAGCCCAUUACAGCAGCAGUAUCAAAGUCCCGCCAACGGUUUCGAGAGACAAAGAAAGGUAUCCAAAACCUACCUCGAAGAGGAAGACCAGGAAUCAGCGCCACUCUCAGCAUCUGCACAUUCUGGAGAGCAGCCACCUCACGCUUAUGAUGAACACCGUCUCUAA